AUGGGGGAGCCGGAGAUGUGGGGCCGGCGCAGCUGGGAGCUUCUGUCGACGGUGAGGGAGCGGUCCCCGCUCGUCCAGUGCAUCACCAACCUCGUGUCCAUGGACUUGAUGGCCAACGUCCUCUUGGCCGGCGGCGCCUCUCCGGCGAUGGUCCACUCCCUCCCCGAAAUAAACGACUUCACUCCCCACACCGACGCCCUCCUGAUCAACAUCGGUACGCUCUCCGAAGCUUGGCUUCCCUCGAUGAUGGCGGCCGCCGCCGCCGCGGCCCGAUCCGGCCGGCCCUGGGUCCUCGACCCCGUCGCCGUCUCCGCCUCCGAUUUCCGUCUGAAUGCCUGCCUGCAACUCCUGCUGCUCAGGCCGGCAGUCAUUCGGGGAAACGCCUCAGAGAUCAUCGGGAUCUCCAAUGCCUCCAGGGUCCAGGGAAGCAAGGUAAUUCAAGCGAACCUUGAAUUCAGAUCUGGCAGCGCGAUCGGAGAAGAUAUCGUGUUCAUACUUGGUUGAAUCCCUGAUUCCGUGAAUCUUGAUACUUUUCUGAACAGGGGGCAGACAGCUCGCACGAGUCGGUGGAGGCGAUAGACGCGGCGAAGUCCUUGGCGCUGUCCACCGGCGCCGUCGUUGCGGUCACCGGCGCCGUCGACCUGGUGACGGACGGGAAGCAGGUGAUGGCGGUGACGAACGGAGUGCCGAUGCUGCAGAAGAUCACCGCCACCGGCUGUGCCGUCACCGCUCUGAUCGCCGCCUUCGUCGCGGUGACCCCGCAGCGCGCUCUCCAAGCCACCGCCUGCGCUCUGGCCGUCUUCGGCUUGGCUGGGGAGAUCGGGAUGGCCACGUCCAGGGGACCGGCGUCGCUGCGAAUGAACUUGAUAGACUCUCUGCACGGAAUGGACGAAGAGGCUGUGACCUCCGGGGUCAACAUCCAACAUCGCGCCUCUGCCGACCUCUCGCCGCAACCCUAA